ACGUCAGCGACGCGCCGGAUGUGAGCGGUGAGGCCUCACUAGGCACUAGCCGUGGGUUGUUGCUCCGUGAGAGGAGAAUCGCUUACUAGGUCGAUCCACUCCAAAUGGGGGAUGAAAAAGACACCUGGAAAGUAAAGACCCUGGACGAAAUAUUGAAAGAGAAGAAGCGGCGAAAAGAGCAAGAAGAGAAAGCAGAAGUGAAGCACACCAAAAAUGCUGAUGAUCGCGAUUCUAAAAGAGAUUCUUUAGAAGAAGGUGAACUCAGAGAUCACAGGAUGGAAAUAACAAUAAGAAAUUCACCUUACGGACGACAAGAUUCUAUGGAAGAUAGGGGUGAAGAAGAUGACUCUUUAGCUAUUAAACCUCCUCAACAAAUGUCCAGAAAAGAGAAAUCACACCACCGAAAAGAUGAGAAAAGGAAGGAGAAACGCAGGCACCGCAGCCAUUCUGCUGAAGGAGUUAUUGGAGGCAAACAUGUUCGCUCCAAAGAGAAAGAAAGAGAACACGACAGGAGGAAGAGACACAGAGAAGAGCAGGACAAGGCCCGUCGUGAUUGGGAGAGACAAAAACGGAGAGAGAUGGCUAGAGAACAUUCUCGGAGAGAACGUGUUUGCAGGGACCGUCUGGAGCAGUUAGAGCGUAAACGCGAGCGAGAGCGGAAAAUAAGGGAACAGCAGAAAGAACAAAGGGAGCAGAAAGAGAGAGAAAGGCGAGCGGAGGAGAGGCGCAAGGAACGUGAAGUCAGACGAGAAGGGCUCGCAGGAUCUGCGCUUCCUAUGCGCAGGAAGCCAGGGCUCUUGCAAGAGAGUGAGAAAAUGCAGUACAGUGCACAGUUUGCAGAUGCAAGAAUUCUUGUAGAGUUUAGCACUCAAAACUUUUCGUCACCAGUGGCAGCUCACCAUCGAACGGCCCGAGAGGAACAUGGAGAAAAAAAUAAAGAGUACCGCGGUCGUAGUCCUAUGAGACAGCAGCGAUUGGACGGAGAUGGGAGAAAGCUAGUGAAAGAGGAGCGACCUGAUCAGAGGGACCCCUUGUCGGACUUGCAAGACAUCAGUGACAGUGAACGGAAAACCAGCUCUGCGGAAUCAUCCACAGCAGGCACUGCGUCUGGUUCAGAGGAGGAGGAAGAGGAAACCAGCACUGAAGAAUCUGAGGAGGAAGAAGAGGAAGAGGAGGAUGAUGAAGAGGAGGAGGGUGAAGAAACGGGAAGCAAUUCUGAUGCUGUGUCUGAGCAGACGGCAGAGGAAGUUAGUGAAGAUGAGAUGACUGAUGAGGAUGAACGAGAGAUUGGAAAUCACCUUCCAAUUGUUCCAGAAUCUAGAUUUGACCAUGACUCAGCUGACAGUGAAGAUGAUGAGGACGAAGAAGACGAAAAAAGAGAUGAUAGUCCUCAUUCUAAUGCUCAGACAGAUGGAGAAUACGUCCCAGACUCUCCAGCCAUAUCUCCUGUUGAGUUGAAGCAAGAGCUCCCCAAAUACCUUCCCGCCCUGCAGGGCUGCCGUAGUGUGGAGGAAUUUCAGUGCUUGAAUCGCAUUGAGGAAGGCACAUAUGGUGUUGUGUACAGAGCAAAAGACAGAAAAACUGAUGAAAUAGUGGCUUUGAAGCGACUCAAGAUGGAGAAGGAGAAGGAAGGGUUCCCUAUAACCUCACUCCGUGAAAUCAACACCAUUCUAAAAGCUCAGCAUCCAAAUAUUGUUACUGUGAGGGAAAUUGUUGUUGGUAGCAAUAUGGACAAAAUCUACAUUGUCAUGAACUAUGUGGAACAUGAUCUCAAGAGCCUAAUGGAAACCAUGAAACAACCAUUUCUACCAGGGGAGGUGAAAACGCUUAUGAUUCAGCUGUUAAGAGGCGUUCGACAUCUCCACGACAACUGGAUUCUUCACAGAGAUCUAAAAACCUCAAACUUGCUGCUUAGCCAUGCUGGCAUCUUAAAAGUUGGAGAUUUUGGCUUGGCUCGGGAGUAUGGGUCACCAUUGAAGUCCUACACACCCAUAGUAGUCACUCUCUGGUAUCGUGCUCCAGAACUGUUACUUGGUGCAAAGGAAUAUUCUACCGCCAUAGACAUGUGGUCUGUUGGUUGUAUAUUUGGAGAAUUGCUGACCCAAAAACCAUUAUUCCCAGGGAAGUCUGAUAUUGAUCAGAUCAAUAAAAUAUUUAAGGAUCUUGGCACACCAAGUGAGAAGAUCUGGCCCGGGUACAAUGAACUUCCAGCGGUGAAGAAAAUCACUUUCACAGAAUAUCCAUACAACAAUCUCCGAAAGAGAUUUGGAGCUCUUCUAUCAGACCAAGGCUUCGAUCUGAUGAACAAGUUUUUAACCUAUUGUCCAGCCAAAAGAAUCAACUGCGAAGAUGGUUUAAAGCAUGAAUAUUUCCGAGAGCCUCCACUACCCAUUGACCCAUCCAUGUUUCCAACUUGGCCUGCGAAGAGUGAGCAGCAGAGGGUUAAACGUGGAACCAGUCCUCGUCCGCCAGAGGGAGGAUUAGGGUACAGUCAGCUGGGAGAUGAUGAUUUGAAAGAUACUGGCUUUCACCUCACAACCACCAACCAAGGAGCUUCUGCUGCGGGUCCUGGGUUCAGUCUAAAGUUUUAAACUUGAUCUUUUGAAAUGACUUGCUUCCCAUUAAACCAUUCAAAUAACGUACAAACCAUACUUGGUGUUUGGAGAAAUAUUUCAUUCCAAAUGAGGACAUCGUGAUAUGAGCAAGGACUACAACAAAUAUUCUCAAGUCUUUGACUUAAUUUAUUUUUCUCUGUUGUAUAUUUGUAGAGAUGAAAUGCAUUUCAAAUUGUUUAUCUUGGUUCUGUAAACUGUUAGUUGGGUUUAUGAAAUCUACCAUAUUUUGUAUGGUUUUUAUGUUUAUAUAUGUUCGCUCCCACACUUUUCUAUUUUAACGUCUUGGGAUGUUCGGUCCCUGCUUCGUGUGGAGUCACAGAUGACUUUUGUUACCUGGAUGAAUUUUUUUAUUUUUUUUUUGAGGUUUUUCAGAAUUUGAGACUGAAGUGAUCUUCAGUGAACCAUAUCUGGUCAUGACAAAAUGUGACCUGAAUGUUGGAUUGUUGCUGUAUCUUUAUGACCUAUCAACCGUUCUUUUGAACAUUCUGCUGUAACACUUUGACCUCUCCGCAGACCAACGUUCCAGUAAAGCCAAAGAGCAUGUCACUGGAACCAUUAAACAAGGGAAGCUUUUUAAAAAAAAAAAAAGACUUUUGUCUGUACACCCACACAUGUAUGUGUUUUACAGGCUUAUUUUUCUUAAACUUAUUUUUGUAUUAAAGAAGUCCCUCACCUUUGGAAA